GGGCUCCGUUUGGCUGCCUGUUUAUGAAACGUUUCAGAAGCCAGAAGAAAAUACAUUGUUGAGAACGCAGCGAAAGCAGCUUUUCUUGAAAAAAAUGGACAGAAACAUCCUGAGGUAUCAGUGCUCAACAUAUUUUCUGAUCGAGAGUGCAACAGAUCAGUCAUUACAAUAGCAGCUUCUCUUGCUGAGUUAGGCAAUUCUGUUCUGGCUGCCUGCCUGGAGGCCUUCCAGUCAAUUGAUAUGGAGGUUCAAGAGGGGAUCCAUCCUUGCCUGGGAGCAGUGGACCUGAUUCCCAUUUACCCUCUCUCUGGUGUUGGAGUAGAAGAGUGUGGAGCUGUGGCCAGAAGCCUUGCUGAGAAUCUGGUGCAGCGUGUUCGUGGCUGCAGUGUGUUUCUCUUUGGUGAGGCCGACCUGCCUGAGAAGCGCACUCUUGUCCAGAGAAGGAAACAACUGGGCUGGUUCACAAGGAGGGAUUUCAGUGCUCUUAAACCUGACCUGGGAGUUGCACCUGCCCGAAGAUGUGGUUUAACAGGCAUCGGCGCUAGCCCAUAUGUGAUGAACUGCAAUGUUACCAUAGAUUCUCAAGACUUGGCUCUGGGAAAAGAGAUCGCUAGUGCCAUUCGGGGCUCAAAUGUGAAUGGAUUGAAGGGCGUCCAAACGAUGGCUUUUCCUCACGAAGGGAAAAUUGAGAUAGCUUGCAAUGUAGAGAGUUUUGAAGAUCAAGAAGUUACAGAAACCUCAGAAGGCUCUCAAUACAUGGCUUACCGUGUCCUUGGGGACCAUUUUUAUUAUCUUUCUCCUCAUUACAUAGAAGCUCAAGUUAAAAAAUUGGCAAGUGAUCAGGGAAUUGGUAUUACAGGAAGAGCGUUAAUUGGAUUUACACCCCAAGAGUGCAAGAACUGUGCUGAAUAUGCUAUUAAGGAAGGUAUUGGGGAGUUCUGGAAGAUACGCAGAGGCAUUUUCAUGUGAUCCAAUCUAAGGCUUCAUUGAAAUUGUAAGGAAAAAAUAUCAGCCAUUACAAAGUUUUCUUUUGGCCAGUGAAGAUGAGUGGAAGAUCCAAGUGCUUGGUUCCAGCUGUGAAUUGGAAAACUGGAAGCAUUCUCUGUCCAGUGACAACAACAGGUGCUUAUAGAUUGUCUAUAAUCGCCUUAUGAUAUUUCUAGUCGUCAUUAAAACUUCGUGAAAUCCUCCUCUGUAUCAAGUUCAUGCACUUGGAUGUACCAGAAGCCCUCCUGAAUCAGCUGGGUAAAAUGGCCAUCGUUGCCAAAUCGUCUUUAAUUAUCAUGAACAAAACUAAAAACGGACUCAAUUUAUUUGGUUUUCCUGACCUCUUUAUCCCAGAGUCCUGUAUUCAACUCUCAUUUUUUUUUUUUUUUUGCGGUACGCGGGCCUCUCACUGUUGUGGCCUCUCCCGUUGCGGAGCACAGGCUCCGGACGCGCAGGCUCAGCGGCCAUGGCUCACGGGCCCAGCCGCUCCGCGGCAUGUGGGAUCCUCCCGGACCGGGGCACGAACCCGUGUCCCCUGCAUCGGCAGGCGGACUCUCAACCACUGCGCCACCAGGGAAGCCCUCAUUUUUUAAGUAAUCAUUUUUUUAAUGUGCACUUUUAAAAAUCAAGUACUAAGUAACUAAAAAAUGGGCAGAAUUAUUACUCUUUCGAAGCAUGAUUGUUCUUUCCUGCCUUGUUUGGGAUGACCCACUGUUCAUUCUGGAGGAAACUCCAAAAACCAGAUUUGUCUAAUUUUUUUAUGUUUAUGUGGGGAAGUGGAAUGAUGGUGUUGUGCAUGACUUCAAGGGAUUGUAUUAAUCCUUUUUGGAAUUUAAAUGGGAAAUCUGAAGGUUUAGGGAAUUUAUUGCUCUUGAGCAAAGAGAAGGGUUUUUUGGUGGAAGAAUUUUAUUUGAAAGAAAUCAGAAUUGGUUGCCUCUUUGUGAACUAAAAGAAGCCACCACUUGCUGAUUCUGGCAAUUUUAUGUAAAUCCUAAGUGCUUAUAAUUCUUUGGUACAAGUUGCUUUCUGUUCGUAAAGCACAAAGAAAUGAAUUUUUCCAUAGGUUUUGUUUAGCAAGAAAGAUUAUGGUCUUGUCUAAUAAGAACACAUAAUGUGAAUUUAUUUUAAGUAAUUAAAAAUAAAAAAGAGGUUGAACUCAGUCUUUUUAUAAUAUAUUUUUUUGACUUAACAUUUGACUCUUGACUGUGAUUGCUUUAAUUGUGUUUCAGAAUUAUGCUUUUUUGGGGGUGUUUUCUUUUUGCUGUUAAUAUAAAUACAACAAAGAUGGAGAAAUGAUGAACCAGGUGUGGUUUUCAGGUGUAAGGAAGUUUAGUUGCUGUGAUGAAGAGAGCAGAUGCUCUCCAGUUAGACCCAGUGAGUCUGGGAGAGCUGAGAAGUAGUCAUGCCUCGUUUUUCUCUUGCUUUGGCAGAGGCCAUGUGGCCUAGUAGGACAAGCACUGGACAGUGGAUUCUGGCUUGGGUUCUGGUCCUUGCUCUUGCCUUCCCCGUAGGCAUAGUUUCAUUGCCUAUAAAAUAGGGAAAAGAGUUCCCACUCAGAUUGUGUUCUAGGGGAUAAAUGGAAGUACUUUGUAAGCUGUAAUGUAAAAAUGAAAUAUAUUAACACUUUUUCCAGAUCUCUUAUAGAGCUUUGCCUCAGUUUUAGUCAUCAAUAUUAAACACAUGAGAGAGGGUAAAAGCACAGGUUGUCACUGAGUCAUUUGGGGUUGUAGUAGGAGUUGAUUCAUUUGCCACUUACCUGGAUUAACCUCUCUAGAUUCGUAUCACUGCAUUCUAGACUGCCAGUUUUGAGCAAGGCCUAUUUAUAACCAAACAUCUAUUUAGUGGGUGUACGGAGUUUCAGUUUUUGAAGAUGAAAAAAUAAUUCUGGAGGUGGACAGUGGUGAUGGUUGUACAAUAAUAUGAAUACUUAAUGCCACUGAACUACACACUUAAAAAUGGUUAAAAUGGUAAAUUUUAUGUAUAUUUUACCACAAUUAUUAAAAAUUAUAUAUUAAUUUCAUAAAAAUUUUAAAAAACACAAAAAACAAACGUGAAUAAGACAAUUUCACUAAGCCCACACUUUCUAAAUAAAAUUUUGUCAAAUUUCUAAUAUCCAUUAAAGUGUACAAACAUAAGAUCUGUUUUUCCCUUUUUAAUCUAUUAUGAUGGACUUGGGCACUACAUGUGAGGCUUAGUUAAUGGUUUAAAAUGGAGUUGAUUAAAUUUGGCAUUUGAUCCAGCUGUCUAUUUAAGACAAUAAUUUACUAUUUUUGUUUUAAUUUUCAAAACCAGCGCAACCUCACUUCUUCCCACUUGUUCAUAUUCUAAUUUCACUGUUUUUUCUAUUGUCUUUCUCUCUUCCCCUUCUCCCUUACUCCACCAUGGUUCUUUAGAAAAUCUGAAACAGCUGUAAGUUGCUGAAGGUUUAGCCUUUGGACGGAUGUGGCAUCAUCAGCUCUCUCUAUGUAUGAGCUGGCAGAAGUAGCCGGGAUGGAUCUAUAACAAUAAGAAGGAUUAUCAAAUUGGGUUGAGAAAAAUCUGACCAAACAAACUAACAAAUACCCUGAUUCCUAUUAACCUUUUCUCAUAUUACUCUCUUAGAAACAGACCAACACUUUGUGCAAAUGUUUCUGCAGUAUUUUUUCAUCGGACCUCAAGGUGGACAUUGUAUGGAACGUGGCUUCAUAGCUUGUUUAACCUCCAUCUCCUGCCAGAUGACUUUGCCCAUGACUUGUGCCAAUUGUAAAUGGCACAAAAUCGAUGUGGACAAAUAGAGUUUACAUUUUAUUAACUCUUUAGUGUUUUUUACUCUACCCCACUUUAAAUUCAAGUUUUAGUUUCUUAGAAGAGGGACAAGGAAAGGAAAAAGCUAGGCUGUGAGGUGAUAAGGGCUUUUGUUGGUGGUGGGGAGGGGCUGUCAUUUGCCUCCAACCUGAACUUGGGCUUGACUCCACAAGUUAAAACGUCUUUAACAUAAGGGGGAGGGAUGGGCUAAGUAAAAUAUAACUGUAAAAUAAAACAAAACGGGGGGUGAUAUUUUCAUUCCUCAACAUAAUGAAAAGCCUUGGAAGUGGCGUCCGUAGACCACAAAGGACCACUCUAUGAGAGAUCUGCAAGGAAUUUAUCAUUCCCUCUGGCUGAGCCAAAGCAGGCUUGAUAUACAGUUUUGUUUAGUAUAAAUAUUCUCAUGUUACUGUUUACUCUGUGGGGAUAUGAAGAUCUCACUGACAGGGUACGUGCUCCACUGCCUUGCUUUUAAAAGGCAUUUUAUUUGACUCUUUUGUUUGUACUUGCCCAGAAACUUCAGAGAAUGGCCCAGGAACUUGUUUGAUAAGCAUCCAGACCAUGCUCCCGGAGUAUGUCGCGCUUGGGGGUUCGAAAAGCUUAUUGUUUUAAGCAGGCCCGCACAUGGCUUCGAAGGAGCCCAUUUUUCAUAAGUAAGAACAGUUAGGCCGCUAACAGCAAUCCCUUAGAGUGCUCCUCUAAGGUACAAGGAAAGGUGCUGGUGAAGCAUGGCUCUGGUUGAACUCAGCCUGACGUUGGAUUACUCUGUCACUUCUUUUGCCCAAUUUGCAAUAUUUUGCAGCUCAUUAGUUUGUUGUGAGUUAAGAUGAGCAACAGAGACCUAAACAUGGGAUGAAUUUCUCUUUCUAAAUGUGUAGUGCGUGCAUGGUCCAGCUUUUGUCUCUCAGCCCCACGCCAACCCUCACCUAUGCUGCUUUAUGCCACCAGGACUCUGCCGUUAGGCUCUGCCUCUCUGGGGAGCUGGACAGGGAGGCUGCAGGGCUGAAGGAGGAGAGGGGCUUGCUGUUUCAAGUUCCUUCCCGUUUCGGGCAGCCCCACCGCAGCAGUGGCUCUUGACCUGACAGUGGCUCUUGGUUCCAGGCUCUAGCUUUAUUCUCCUGUCACUUUGGGAAGUGGCCUCAAUGUGCACUCAGAAGCACCAGCAGUGGCUGAGCCCCAGCUCUGUGAGGCCUCUCGAGGCUUCUAGACUCUGAGAACCCUGCCCCCUCCCUUUGUUCCUCCAGCCUUGGGGCAUAGUGCUUCCUGCAGUUGUUUUUAAUCUCUGGGCACCAUGUUCUAUCCUAGCUCUGUUGGUUCUCCAACAACUGUUGACCAAAUUUUCAACGUUAUUUCUUUUGAAAUACUUAGUGUGGUUUCUGUCUUCCUGACUAGAUGCUGUCAGAAAUAAGCCUAUCAACAGACCAAAUGGAAGGAAAGGAGAAAAAGGCAGAAAAUAUUGUGUGGAUCUGUAGUUCCUAAUGAAAACAGCUUGUUGAUGAUUACUUGCCUUUUCUUCUCGUUCACAUUGUAUUCUCUGAAUUUCAUUGUUUUCUUAUCGUAGCGUUCUGUGUUCCCUUUGACAGUCUUGCUGUUCUUUCAUCUAAUAGGGAGUCUGAGUGUUGAAUUGGGGUAAGGAUUGGAAAUAUCAUGGUAAAUCAUUGGAUGGAGUUUUCCAGUGAAUGUCUUUCAUGUAGUAGCUUAGUCCACCAUUAAAAAUAUAGACUAAUAUAAUUUUAAAAAUUAAAGUCGGGACUUCCCUUGUGGCUCAGUGGUUAAGAAUCCGCCUGCCAAUGAAGGGGACGUGGGUUUGAGCCCUGGUCCGGGGAGAUCCAACAUGCCACGGAGCAAGUAAGCCCGAACGCCACAACUUCUGAGCCUGCACUCUAGAGCCCGUGAGCCAUAACUACUGAGCCUCCGUGCCACAACUACUGAAGCCCACGUGCUUAGAGCUAGUGCUCUGCAACAGAGAAGCCACCACAACGAGAAGCCUACGCACAGCAACGAAGAGUAGCCCCCGCUUGCUGCAGCUAGAAAAAGCCUGCACGCAGCGACAGAGACCCAACGCAGCCAGAGAUAAACAAAUAAAUUAAUUCAUUUUUAAAAAAAAGAAAAGAAAAUUAAAGUCUUUUCAAUCUUUUAAUAGUUGUAUGUCUUUGCUUUCAUGCCAUCUUCACCUGCCAGGUAGAUGAUGCUUUUUAGCUGGUGGUAGACUCCUAGCCAAACAUCUUUCCCAAGCCUUUUAUGUACCAUCCUAUUAACUUUUUCUUAGGAAACCCCAUCUGCAACCAGUUACUGUUUCCUAACUUCUUAGGUACCUCUAUCUUCAUGAAGACCAACUGCUUUGGGAAAAGUAAUUAUGAUUGAUUAGUCUAGCAAUGACCAAGUGUUAUAAAAUUAUAUUGUUUCUAGUAAGUAUAAAGAAGUUUUGGUAAUUGAUAAGUAUUAUUCUGUCUACCCGACAAUUGUGUUUAGUAGUUCACCUUCCUUCAUGAUAUCCACUCCACUAUUUCACAAGGAUAAAAGCAAGAUGAAAGAGCGAGAUACAGAAGGAAGUCUUCAGUGAACCCUUUUAGCAUCAUUAAUCGUGGCUACCUUUCAUUGAAUUCCAACUAAGUGUCAAGUACUAUUAUGUGAUUUUCACAACAACCCUUUGGAGUAGAUGACUGUGAAGAAA